UCAGGGCCUGGUGGAGAUGGCUUGGGACCACGCCCAGGGCUGCUGGCCUGAUGGGUCUGUGCACUUCCAAGCUGCCCCACAUGGGCAGACCCUUGAAGCCCCAGGAGAAGGACAUCCUCAAGUCCCCCCUGAUUAUCUUCGUGGUGGGUGGCCCAGGCUGUGGGAAAGGAACCCAGUGCAAGAAUAUGGCCAUCAAAUAUGGCUUCAGCCAUGUGGGACUGGGCCAGCUUCUGAGGCAGGAAGCCCAAAAAAGCACCCAACAGGGCCGGCAGAUCCGUGACAUCAUGAUGAAGGGGCUUCUGGUGCCCACGGUGGGCCGGGCCCCAGAUAUGGUCAUCAUGUUUGACUGCUCUAUGGAGACCAUGGUGCAGCGGACAUUGCUCCAGAGCCAGGUGGAGCAGCGGGUAGACAACUCGGAGCUGGCCAUCCGCAAGCGCCUGGAGACGCACUAUACCCUGUGCCAGCCUGUCCUCACCUUCUACCAGCAGAAAAACCUGCUGCGAAAUAUCUUGGCAGAAGAGGCUCCAGAGAACAUUUUUGCCAAGUGCUGUUUGGUCAUUGACAGUCUGCAGUGA